AUGACUCACCGACGCGAUUCAUCGGUCCAUGAAGUUAAGGAAACCCUAGACGCUACGGUCACUGAAACAAAAGAAGGCGAGCGUUGUUUAAACAACUAUAUCCUGAAAGACAUUAUUGGUCAGGGUGCUUUUGGAACGGUCACCUUAGCUGUCGACAAAUACAAUGGAGAAAAAUUUGUAAAAUUUAGUAAAGCCCGGCUUCGUAAAAAAACCAAAUCUAACGUCUUUCGUCGUCCGCGUGGACGCGAUCGUGGGCGUUUUGGUAAAGCUAUUGAAAAUCCUGAUCCAUCAUCAACGGACCCCCUUUUUUUAAUCCGUGGCGAAAUUGCAGUCUUGAAAAAAUUAAGUCAUCAAAAUGUGGUCAAAUUGUUCGAAGUGUUGGAUGAUGAACAGGAUUCUUUAUAUAUGGUUUUCGAAAUUUGUGAAAAAGGUGUUCUUAUGGAUAUCAGCAUUCAGAAAGCAACGACGCCAUUCUCUAACGAGGAUACUAGACGUUAUUUUAGACAAAUGAUACUUGGAUUCGAGUAUUUACACGAACAUGACAUUGUUCAUCGCGAUAUCAAGCCCGAUAAUCUUCUCUUGUCUGCAGAAGGUGUCCUCAAGAUUGUAGAUUUUGGUGUAUCUGAGAUGUUUACUCAAGGGAAUGAUAAAAUGAAAAAAUCUGCUGGUAGUCCGGCUUUUAUGGCACCGGAAUUAUGCGUGGCCAAUCGUGGUGAAAUUUCCGGAAAGGCUGCAGAUAUUUGGUCUAUGGGCGUGACUUUGUAUUGUCUUAUUUUUGGACGUUUGCCUUUCGUGAAAGAUAACGUAGUUGACUUAUUUGAAUCGAUAAAAAGUGACGAUAUUACUAUUCCAGAAGGUUCGAAUCCGGAUCCAGACGUUGUGGAUCUUCUUCAUAAAAUUCUUGAAAAAAAUCCAGAGAAAAGAAUUAUUAUGGCCGAUCUCAGAAAACAUCCAUGGGUAACUAAUCGUGAAAACGAUCCUCUCAUAUCAACUGAAGAAAAUUGUAGCGAACUUGUCACCGAAAUUACAGAAGAUGAAUUAAGUUCUGCAAUUAAAUGCUUAAGUUUUAGAGGUGUUAUUGCUGUGCACCGUGCUGUUAAACAAUUCAAAAGAAUGUCAAAGUCGCAUUCGCAACAAUAUUCAGCAGAAGAUAUGGCUAAAUUGAAAAUAGAUGUUCAGGAUGCUAAGGAGGAGGAGGAGAAGAAAGAAAUAGAACCUAUUACUAUUAUCACAGAGAGUAUAUAG